AUGAAGAUCAUUAAGGCAUAUGAUAAUGGAAAAGAAUUUGGCGAAAUAGCACUUGAGGAAGGACUGUCUCAUUUGACUAUUUCAAUUAUCAUUAAGGAUAAGAAUAGGAUUUUGGAGGCAGUUAAAGGCGCGAUUGGCAUAAAAUCGACAAUUUUAACGAAGAAGAGACAAGGGCCAGUACACAAGAUAGAGAAGCUGUUGGAACAGCAAGAAAACUACUGCGAGUACUUUAAUGCCAUCAAGGUCUGGUUUCAAUGCUCCACACGCAGAUUUGGCAUAUGUAAUGUGCGAAUAACUGGAGAAGAGGGAAGCACGGAUGUUGAAGCUACUGAAAAAUUCAAGGAUGAGCUAGACAACACGGAAGAGGCAGCAGAGUUGUCAAAAAAUUUUACAUUUGGAUCACAACUAUCAGCAAAGUCUGAAGUAAAUCUUGAUUGGGUUGAUGAGCAUCAGUUGCAGCGUUUAAAUGAAAUGUUAAUUGUUGUUGAUGAAAAUGAUAAAGUUAUUGGUGCCGGUACCAAGAGGAAUUGCCAUCUGAAUGAAAACACUGAGAAAGGACUGUUGCACUGAGCCUUCAAUGUUGUCUUGUUCAACACAGAGAAUAAAGUCUUGAUAUAGCAGAGAUCAGACACAAAAUUUACUUUUCCUGUAUAUUUCACUGAGUCUUGCUCUAGUCAUCCUUUAUACAACCCACUGAAAAUGGAAGAGCAAGAUGCCAUUGGAGUCAGGAGAGCAGCUCAGAGACGGCUGCAGGCUCCCCCAGAGCAGAUUUCUCUAGAAGACAUUUUUUUUAUGACAAUAUAUCAUCACAAGGCAAGAUCAGAUAAAAUUUGGGGAGAAUAUGAAGUUUGUUAUCUUCUGCUUAUGAGAAAGAAUAUCCCUGUGAAUCCAGGUCCCAGUGAAACAAGACAUUUCUGCUACAUGACCAAAGAGGAGUUACCGGAGUUGCUGGAAAGGGGAGCCAGGAGAGAAGUCACAGUUGCCCUGUGGCUGAGAACCAUCGCAGAGAAGUUUCUGUGUAAGUGGUGGCCUCAUUUAGAUGAAGUAACCCAGUUUGUUGAGCUUGAUAAAAUACACAGAGUGUGA